AUGGACAGCCGCCAGAAGGCUGACUCGGCCCUGGAAUUACCGGAAAUUCCCGAUGAAGUCAGCUCAGGACCAACUCUCGACGAAGAAAAGAUCGAAAAGACUGUAAUACGGAAGAUUGAUAUGCACAUCCUCCCUUUCGUGGUAUUGGUGUAUCUCUUCAGCUUCCUGGAUCGAGUCAACAUUGGAAACGCCCGCCUAUACGGAUUGGAAGAGGAUUUGGGACUUGUCGGCAACCAGUACCAGAUCGCAGUUUCCAUCCUUUUUGUAACUUACUGUUUUUUCGAGGUUCCCUCAAACCUCGUCCUAAAAAAAUUAAGGCCGUCGCGGUAUAUUGCCACGAUCUCAGUCCUGUGGGGUAUCAUUGCAACCUUAACCGGAAUUACCCAAAAUUAUGGCGGUCUCAUCGCCUGUCGGAUUCUACUUGGCGUUGUGGAAGCCGGGCUGUUCCCAGGUUUCAUCACCUACCUCACUCUCUUCUACAACAAGCGUGAGAUUGCCCUGCGCACAGGCUAUCUAUUCAGUAGCGCAGCCAUCGCCGGAGCCUUCGGCGGGCUACUAGCGUACGGCAUCGGGUUUAUGGAUGGAAUCUGUGGACUGCGAGGAUGGCGCUGGAUCAUGAUCAUUGAAGGAAUCCCGACUGUGAUUUUGGGCGUGGCAACAUGGUUCGGGUUAGCGGAUGACCCGGACACUGCGUACUAUCUCAACAAAGAAGAGCGGGCGAUUGUUGCUCGCCGCCGAGGACGCUAUAUCGGGCAGACUGAGUCUGCGCAAAAGUUCCAUUGGGCAGAUGUCAAAGACGGGGUGAUGGACUGGAAGAUUUGGGCAUUUUCUAUUGGCCAGUUUGGUGUCGAUACCAUGCUUUACGGUUAUAGCACUUUCCUUCCUACUAUUAUCAAAGGCAUGGGCAAUUGGUCUACCCCUGAAGUUCAGGCAUUGACAAUCCCGUGCUAUGCACUGGGUGCCAUUGUUUACCUUGUGAUUGCCUGGGUGAGCGAUCGCACCCAACACCGUGGGUUUUUUGUUUGUCUCUUCAGUGCUAUCUCUGUCGUUGGCUACGGAAUUUUGAUCUCCGAUUCAUCUUCGGGUGUUCAUUACUUCGGCGCUUUGAUGAUUGCUCUGGGUCUUUAUGUUGCUGUUGGUUUGCCAUUAGCUUGGUUGCCGACAAAUUUGCCUCGAUAUGGAAAGAGAGCAUAUGCCACAGGACUGCAGCUCACUUUUGGCAAUAUCAGUGGAGUCAUGUCUCCUUUCUUGUACCCUACUUCGGAGGGUCCACGUUUUGUUCGCGGCAACGCAGUGACUCUCGGUUUAGUUGGGUUUGCGGGUGUUGUUUACGGUGGCAUGUGGCUGAGCUACCGAUUGAUCAAUAAGCGUAGAGCCCAGGGUCUGGAGGAUGAGAAGAUUUCAUCUCUGUCAGAGCAAGAUAUUCAAGAAAUGGGUGACCGAAACCCCCGGUUUCUCUACAGCACAUAA